GCAGUCCUCAGUCCUGCGCUCCACUUCGCUCUCUGUCAGAGGACUUCCCUCCUGACUGAGGAAUACAGUCCGUGCUUAACUGCUUCACUGAGGCACCUCACAGAGGCUUUACUUUAUUUUAGACUGUCCUGUCCCAGGCAUAACAGGUAGCAGCUGUCACGCCAGUAAUCCACUGGACUAACAGGAUCAGAGGGUGAGGGAAUCACUUGUGGUGUCUCCACCACUUCUGACAAGUUGCCGAAGCAGGUUCUUUCUUGAUGAAGACAUCAGCAUCUUUCCAGUGAUUGAUACAGCAGUAUUGAACAGCUUCCUUUGGAAUCUAAUCAUCACCAAAUCAUCCUUUCCUUCGCCCCUGAACCAUCUUGGAGGAAUCUUGGAGGUAAACCGCUUUCACGAGCUGCCUGGAGUGCAGCCACCUCAGUGUGUUGAGUUUCAGAUGCAAGAAAAAAGACUUGUUCAGCCAUCGGAUCCCGUGAAGAGCGAAGAGGUGUGCAUGAAAUUUGCAUGCUGGUGUCGAGCUACAGAAGGAUCCUUCCGAAAAAGAUCUGCCCUCUGCCUCUCUGGCUGACAUUAUUAGGACUCUUCUUCUCAUUUGCUCACUUAGCCAAAGAAAACAAUCUUAAGAGCUGAAUUCAGUGGAGGCCUGGGAAUCAUUUCCUACUUUAAACUCUUACAUUGGAAAAAGCUUGAUGUUUCCCCCCCCCCCCCCCCCCAAAGAAAACGGCUUUCUUAUUUACAAUACCUCAAGGUACAUUUGUAAAAUAAUCACAUAAAUGCGAGAUGGGGAUUUGGGCCAACUUUCUGCACAACAUGAGUCCAUGGAUGCAACCAUUUUUGGGGCGAACUUCAGCACUACCGGACCACUCUGAGGACUGCUUGUCUCGGUGAUCAGCACAGCAGCUCAGCACAGCAACUCUCUCUCUCUCUCUUCUGCCUACCGUGAAGCAGACAGUCUGGAAUUAUUGAUCUAUGUAGAUUCUCCCUAAAGGUCACGAGAAGAGGUCCACACACAUACGAGUCUGGAUAAGCCGGGCAAACGUGUCAAUGAUCUUACUCAUUCUAAGAUGAAGUUAUGGAAGUGUGCCGCCAUUGCCUUGACACUCUGUGGUGCAGCACUAUCCGUCCUCCGCACUAGAAUGGCUCCAGCCAGGACCGGUCACCUUCUCUCCAGGGACUCCUCACCGAGAUCCCCCUCGCCCACCGCCUCCAAUGCCUCCACAUCCUUAGGCAGCGAGCAUCGACGCAAGCGCAGAUCAACAGAGGGAGGCAACUCAGUGCUUUCAGAGUUCAUGGACAUGUUCCAGAGCUUCACAGAGGGAGAACUCAAGCAAGUUAUCGGGGCACUGGUGGAACGAAAGGCCCGGGGGGACGCCAGCGAGAGCAAAAGGACUAAGCGCGCCCGGAAGGUGACGACACCGUGCUCACUGCUGAACUUGGAGGUCACCGUGAGCCAGCUGGAGCUUGGCUACGAGGGAGACGAGACCGUCCUCUUCCGAUACUGCAGCGGCAAGUGCUCGGCCAGCCGACGCAACUACGACAUCACCCUGGCCUCCGUGAAGAAGAGACUUCAGGGUAAAAAAAUCCGCCACAACCCCUGCUGCCGGCCCACCUCGUAUGAGGAGGAUAUCUCGUUUUUGGACAACAACUACAAAUACCAUACCAUUAAGGAGCUGUCGGCCAGUCAGUGUGGCUGCGUGUAACCCGACCCGACAAGGCCAGCUCAGUCCCCUGAUACUGUAUCACUCACUCUGACAUACCAGAGAAGGGACAGAGUGAGCAGGGAGGGGGGAGCAUCAGGAGGAGAGAACACUGUACAGUCCUUUUCAAACCUUUAACUGUCCUGGUCUUCAAAAGACAAAAACCAAAAUGUGUGUUUUUUUAUUGCCUUUGCUGAAAAAUAUUUUCCCUGAAACUGUCGAGCCAAUACACUGUAUGAAUAACUUAUCCCAAUGAGCUCUUAAAGUUACAUUUAUUGAUUGUUGCUCCACUAGUCACAUCUAGGCUCAGUCACAGGGACUCGUCGACCACAUUGGCAUUGUCUUGACGAAUUCCUAAUUCUAGGACAUACAAUCAUUCCGACAUAGCAAUACUAAACGGCAGACUUCUACCCCUUAAAGCCUAAUCACAAAUUUAAACGAGAUAGUAAUACCACAGAGUGCUUUUUCGAGGCCAAGCUGAGCAGCUAAUGUAUGCUACGCUUGAGUGGAGCCGUAGACUAAACUGAGCUGCCAAAAUGAGAUAAUGCUGGGCUACUUCUGAGGCGGCACUAGUGGAGCAACAGCAAGGAGCGGAGAACUUGGGGAAACAUGAACCUGUACGUAUCCACAUUAAAGGCUUUCCCCCGAUAUCACCGUUAAAAUUACGCAAUGGGAUCUCCAGCCUUCCGAAAGCUAUUUAAAUCUACCUCAUUUUUUUGUGUUGACGUAGACUUCAACGUAGACAUCUUCAUGGAAACAAACACAACAUAAAUCUACUUCUGCUUAAGUUUCAGCGGAAGACAAAAAUGCUACACAUCAUAUUCUCAUGACCAAACUCUUUCAAAGCAAUUUGUUUAAUGGCCAUUGACCCCCUUAAUUCAAAUGUUAAAUUCAAGGUUACAUUAAGGUUCACAUCGAAUGUGAGCACUGUUUUGGAAAUGUAUUGGCGUGUUCCCAAGAGCAUUGCCAAACCUGAUUAUCCCAUAAAGGUUCACUUUGCAUUCUAAGCCUGUCUGGAAGGAACACAAACAAUGCAAUGCCCUUUGACCUCCCAUGCAGAGCCAUCACUGCACCUGGGUAGCUUUUGUGCGACUCACUCAAAUGCUGCUGACAUUCAGAGUCUGGUGUAGGUCAUUUGGAUCGGAUACAUUUGGUCAUGAACUGUGGUAGGUUAUUUCAUUGUUUAACCACCACAUAGGUUGAAAUACUAACAUUCAAUCAAGGAUUGACAAGAAGGGUUUUCAUCCAUGACUUUUUGUAUUCCUUCCAUUUGCGGUAUCAUGACACUGAUGUUGUGAUACAUCUUUCCCCUCAGGCAAAAGCUCAGAAAAAAUCAGUGAUUCUGCUCUGAAAGGGUUAAAAACAAGACAAUCUGAACUCCACUAAAAAUCUUUAGGAAGAUGGUUUGGUUUGAUGGCUAUAUGGUGGACGUAUGCCCCUCUGUAGAUGUAACCAAGAUGUAUAGGACUUCAGAUUUCCCCUCAUUUAGCCUCAACAAAUCCAUUCCAUUUGUGCUAAUCUCACAAUAGCCCAAACUAAUCCACUUAUCUCCUGUAUAAUUGACCGAGCCAAAACCCUGUGUAUGCUAAUAGAGAAUGUACGAGCCACAAUGCAGAUAUCUAUUAAUAGUUACCCAAUCAUUAGUUUAAGCAGCCUUGUGGGCUGUGCUUACUUCGUUGCAAUUACAUUUAGAAGUUUUAUACCUUGCUUAAUCUGAUGGAGAGAUUGUGUAAAACACUGUAUACAAGCAAUAAAAAUCAGGCUCCUACAAAGAUGGAUGAUGGCCAGUUAAGCAUGCAGUUAUCUGGAAAAAAGAAUCAGCGAAUUGCAUGGAAUAUCAGAAAUAUCUCAAGAGCAUGCACACGGACAAGCAUUUAUGUAUGGGAAGAAAACAUUGAUGUAUAGUAAACCAUUCUCAGCAGUACUAAUACUCUGUUCAGUGAUUCAGUAAAAAUCUUCCACAGCUUGACAGUAAAUCAUCUGAAUAUUCUCAUUGACAUCUCCUUGGCAUCAGAGGGAGGAAACUUUACAACUAGAGACCAGAUGAAAGACCUCUUAAGUCCAAUCAAAUAAUUACAGCAGAGAGAUAAUUAAAGAGGAAGGCUGGACAUAAGCCCAGAGACAACAGGCUCACCAAGACCGUAAUACUCUCAAGUCUCUUGUGCUUAAAAACCAAAGGAUUCCCUUUGGACUGAAGUAGUGUUAAUGGCGGAUACAUUCAGCUGAGGUGUCUUCAGUGCAAUGGGAGUAAAUGCAUGCAGUGAGGUGAAAGCUCAUGUUAUUUUUAUUUCAGCAUGUAGAUGGUUUAUGGCAUUAUGAUGGCAUGUGACAUAUUCAUUGUGAUGAUUGUCAAUUUAAUUAAUUAGGACCAAUUUUUUUUUUUUUUCGCUGAACACUGUGAUUUUAUUGUCUCCAAAUGAAUCGAAAUGGGCCAUAAUUCCCUUGCUUGAAAUAGCUUCCAAAUGUACUGCUGAUACCUCAGCAUACUAACUCCAGUCUUAAGCUGGUAUUCCCACAGAGGCAUUAGUGCGCUUCUGAAAUGGCGGUACCUGCUCAAAUGUUUGUCCAAAUUCUGCUACUUUAAUGUGCUUUAUUGAUAUAAAGUAGACGAAAACACAUUUCAAGAGGAAAAUAUGUAAAAGUCUUCUGUGUCCCACUUUUGUUGCUGCUGGAUGCCAUGUCUGACAUCUCACCAAAUAUCUCACUGGUUUCCCCCCAAAAUGCUUCUUGUGCUUCCAGACUUGUUAUUCCAUUCAAGACUAAUGUGGCUAUCAACCCUGCAUUCUGGCAUUGUUCGACCCUGUCGACUGACUUCAGAAAAGUUGAUGCAAUGCAUCUGUGAAAGGUUUUUUUCUGUAUUUAUUAAAGAAUAAGUUAUGAUUAUUUAUUUAGAUUGCAUCACUGACAAAGAGGAACAUUUAUUUAUUGAAUAACCUGGUGCCAAAUGGGUCAAAAUGUGUAUUAUAUAUUAUAUUACAUACUUCCAUGACUGUUUAAUAAACUUUAUCGGCUUAAAAAGCCA